AUUGAAAUAUAUCUGACAUUUGACAAACUUAAACUGUUAAAACUAAUAAGUAAUAACUUUGUGUAAAUGUUUACAAGGAUUGUAUGCUCCCGCUUUUGUUGUUUACUAUCCUUAUUUUAAUCAAAUGUAUUACUGUGACUUGACGUAUGACUAAAUCUAUCUUUUUAAUUGUGUAUAUUUUGGAUUUCCCUUUAAUACCUUUUUUUUCAUAACGAAUAAAAAAUGCCGUUGUCUAAAAGGAGAAGGUUGUUUACACCUAAAAAACACAAAUCGAAACCGAAUAUAAAAGAAAGAGAUUCAAUUGAGAAUGAGGUUACAACAGCCCGAGGGCGCUUGAAGGGUGCUCUAAUGGAAAUGCUGGAACCUAUGGCAGAAGAAUCUGAUGCCUCAUCUGAAUACACGCCCGUUAAAAGGGAAAGAAAAGUAAGUCAAGAGAAAUCGGAAUCAUCCUCAGAUGAAGAGGAACAACUUGCUUCAAGAAAGUCUCCUCAAAGACAGUCAUAUGUCCUCAAGUUGUUUGACAGAAGUGUAGACCUCUCACAGUUCAGUGAGGACUCUCCACUUUAUCCUAUUUGCAGGGCAUGGAUUGCAAAUCAGCCAAAAGCUAAUUAUAAGGAAUUUGGGAAAAAAAAUAUUGAGCCCACAACACCAUCAGAUGAUAGUUUAGAGUUACCGGGUCCAGAAGGACCACCUAUAUCCAAAAUACCAGAUUUAAUACCAGAGCAGAAGGCCUGCAGUAAAGACAAUAUAAAUUUAAACUAUAGGGAAGCACCACCACCUAGUAAAGACCAGCUAAUAAGAUGGCACACUGCUCGGUGGGCGAAUGUACGCUCUGCCUGGCUACAACGAGCCCACGAAGCGGAGUCCAGAUACAGUGCAACCCAGGCUGUACUCAAUAAGAUUAACAUUAAUGCUAUGUGAUCAUCUCUCCAAGACCGAUUUUUUUUUUUCAUAUUUUUAAUAUAAGCCUUAUUUGAUAUGAUUUUCUAUUAACAAUCAUUGUGAUCAAAUUCUAUGGGAUUUGUUAAAGAAAAAUGUGAUUAUUAUGAUUUUAAUCUUUAAUAAACGUGUAUUAUUUA